GUUCAUGUGUGUGUUGCAUUGAUAACGAGGGUGUGUGUGUUCCCUGUGUGACAUGUGAGAGGAUCGAUAUGGACGGGAACCACCGCCUGUGAUGGAAACACGGUGAGGACAGGAGCUUAUUAUGGCGGAUCCAGAGGUGUCAACACAGAGCGGGGGCUACGAUGUGGAGCUGUUUUUGGACUCCCCAGACUACGACCUGAUCUGCACCAUAUGUCAGGGCGUCCUCAGGUGUCCAGUGAGAGCUGCGUGCCACCACAUCUUCUGCAAGAAAUGCAUCCUACAGUGGCUCAAGAGACAGGAGACAUGUCCCUGCUGCAGAAAGUCCGUCAACCCGAGCUUGAUCUUUGUCAUGUUCAAGCUGAGCAAAUCUAUUGGACGCUUGAAGGUCAAGUGUAAGAAUGAGAUCCGUGGUUGUCCAGAGACCUUCCCCCUCUCAGAGCAGUACUGCCACAGUAUGAGCUGUCUGCAUGAGCUCAUCCCCUGUCCCUACCAGGGCUGUCGGGCUCAGCUCCUGCGCAGGGAUCUGGACAUCCACGCACGCCACUGUGAGCACUGGCGUCAGCCCUGCCACAUGGGCUGCGGGACGAUACUCUCCCACCGAACCCGGGCCCAACACAACUGCUACAAGCAGCUGAGGCAGGACUACGAGGCCAGGCAGAAGAACCACAGGGCCAUCGCUGCUGCCCUGCAGAGGAAGAUGAGGAGGAUGCAGAGCACCAUGGCGUACAUGAAGAGGCAGAUAGGGCUCAUCUGUGAGAGCCUGGAGGUGAUGGACGAGGAGGAGGAGCUCGGAGAGAGCAGUGGCAGCUCCGGGGGGACGCCAGGCAGCAACUUAGGCAGCCGCUGAGCGACAAGUUCCUGCCGCUGUUUCUUCUCCAUGUGUGUAUUUCUUUGAAGAUGUGUGUGUGUUUUUUUUAAUAUGUAGGAUUGAAUUGCGUGGAUUUGUCACAAUUUCGUGCUGUAGUUUUCAUAUAUUUUGUAAAUAAAGUAUUUAAGAUCA